AUGGCAUGGGCGGCACUGUUGGCCAGUUGCGUGACAAUCGAUACACCCCCAGAUCCAACGACGGACGAUGCGAUUGUUGACGCAAACGUCAAAUUCACUCUCGAGUAUUUUAAGGCAAGCUACGAUGAGCGGAACAACUAUGUCGCGUCACCCUACCACGUCCGGUUAGCACUGUCCAUGUUCUACCCGUUGGCCGGUGCGGCGGUGCAGGAGGACUUCCGUAUCGCGUUCGGCUUACCGGAUGACACGGACACCACGGUGGAGCAACAAAUUCGACUGGCCCGGCGGAUGAACGAAACGGACGGCCGCUGCCUGAAGGCGCUCUCGUUCGUGUUGGUGGAACAAUCGCUUCAGCUUGACGCAAACUUCGAGCGUUUGUUUAUGCACACCUACGACACCACGCUCGAGCCGGUCGAUCUCACCGAUGACAUCCCGUCGGCGGCCGCCGUCAAUUCCUUCUACCGCAUGGCGAACACCGAGAUCGACGAUUUCAUCUGCGAGGGAGACGUUUUUUCCCUCGAUCCCUGCUUCAAGCUGAUGCUGUUCAGUGGCGUGUCCGUGCUGUCGCCGUUAAGCGUUCGUUUCCGGGCAACCGAGACCACGUUGGGGUGCUUCCGGUUCGUGAACGCACCGGAAAAGCGGGUGCCAAUAAUGCGCACAACGGCCACAAUUCGCCGGUGCCUUCAUAAUGAGCUGCGUUGCGCCGUGGUGGACAUUCCGUUCGAUGAACCGAGCGGGUUGUCUCUGUUGUUGUUGCUGCCCAAUGAAGGCACGGAACUGCGGCAGGUUGUCAGCACCCUGACCAGCAAGCAUUUGGAGCAAAUUGACGAGUAUUUACAACCCACCCUCACCGAGCUGCGGUUGCCGGUGUUUUUCGUGCGAGAAAAAACCGACACGAAAACGAUCCUGGGAAAGCUCGGCUAUGGUGGGGUUUUUGAGAUCGCCGAUUUGCGCAUUUUCCGCGAUCAACCACGCACGUGUUUGAGUGGGUUUUUUCAGCACUGUUACCUUGCGAUCGGGGAUGGCGCUGAAGGUGGAAUACCAGCGGAAGAGCCAGCAGCGGAACCGACACAUAAGUUCCAUGCCGAUCGGCCGUUUAUGUUUGCUGUGCGACGGAUGGCGGAUCGAAACAUCCUGCAAAUAGGGCACUACUCGAGGUAUAUUGAUCCCGACGAGCAAUUUUAAAACCCACAACGCAUGAUGCAUAUGUAA